AUGCAGAACCAUCUUGCUUUGAUUAUCAGUCCUAUUCUUUUAUUGAUUAUUUCCGGUUGUUUAUCAACGACAAACAAUUCUGAUAGUAGUGACAAAAGUGAACAAAUUAUACACACAGCAUUUGCUGUUGGUCUAUCCAACAUCGACAUCACGCAAAUUACAAACUAUGACGCGAUGAUUGAUCAAAUAAACAAAUAUCUCGGCAUUUCAACAGAAUAUGUUCAAGUUCAAUCCAUUUUCUUGAUCGACAAUUUCACUUCGAGUACCAAUACCAAUGAGAUGAAGCAAUACACAGGUGUUGAUUUAUCGUGUGACAUUGUUCUUGACAAAAUUAUUGUGAAAAGUCAGAAAUGUGGCUUAUUGACAAUCAAGCUUCAUAUUCAAAAGUUUCCUAGUUCUGUUUGCAAAACUGACAGUUGCAAAGAAACUUAUAUAGCCCAUAUAAAAAGAUCUAUCGAAAUGUGUUUUAGUUUCGCUUUAAGAGUCACUCUACAAAUAGCGAACGGUGAUUAUCGUUUAGUUCCGAUUCAGUUCUGCUACUUUCUCAAUGCGAGCACUACUACUACAAUAAUCAGCAUUACACGCGAACCAACGACUAGCACAAUCCCGACAACGGCAGUGACAUACAAUUCAGCAAAUAAAUGCCUUUGUACCAUUGACCUCAAUGGUACAAAUUCAACAAAUGGAACUGAAAACUUCUUGAUCACAUUCGGAUACGGUUUUGAUCAGUAUUCGAACAAAACCCCGGCUGAUUUCGGCUUCACAACAGAACACAUACAACUGUUUUCAGGAACACCAAGUGAUGGUUAUUUUGUUAUUGCCAAUGCUCUUCCUGAAACUUUUUAUUGGCUUGUCGUAAAGAAAGAUCAUACAGCUGGUGAAAACGGUGGAUAUAUGUAUGUUGUGAAUGCAUUAACAUAUCCUGGAAUGUAUUUUAACAAAACGAUUGAUAACUUAACUGUCGGCAAAGUCUAUGAAUUUUCGAUGUAUGCAGCCAAUUUAAACAAGCCAGAGUGGUCUGUUCUGCCGAACAUACUGUUUGAAGUUCGAGCUGUGACACCAGACAAUAGUUUGAUCGCUCAAAGAAACUCUAGUGAUAUACCUGAAUAUGCCAGUAUCACUUGGAGCAAACAUGGAAUAUCAUUCGUUGCGCCAAGUACUUCUGUCAUGCUAAUAAUGAUAUCGAAUUGUAACAGCUACGCCGGAAACGACCUAAUCAUCGAUGACAUUGGUUUAUGUGAAUGUUAA